AUGGCUGCUGCGAUUGCGGCCCAGGUAGCCAUGAUGGAGCGACGUGAGUUUCGGCGGACGCAACGAAGUUUGCUGGAGGAUUUUCUGAAUUCCUACCUCCUUGCCGAGCCCAACCGCCUACCAAGCAUUCGCAAGCACCAGCUCGAAAACAACUUCGAGUUCUACUGCGAGUACUUUGCAACGUUCGGAACGGCGAUUCCGCGUGAGAAAAUCUUGGUCCUCAAGCAGGUGAUCCGGUCUGCUGAUGAAUCAGGCGACGCCGAGCUCUCGUUCACCGUCGGUGGUUCCGUCCCCGGGCUCAUUGUCCCGUCUGCGACGGAGCCUGCGAAGAAGGAGCAUGCAGCCGUCGUGAUGGAUACUGAGGCAAGUGAAGUUGCCAAGGACUUGAAGGGUCAGGCUGCUGAGGAUCAUGACUUGGUGAAUGCUCAGCGGAAGAUUGUCGAUGCUGCACGCAAAGACUCGGCCAACAAGAAAUUGCAGAAGAUGGAGAAGAAAGCCGAGACGGGCGGGGAUCGACCGGUCAAGAAAGACGGGGAGGUCAAGGCGCCCAAGCCCAAGGGUAAGGCGGCUAAGUCGAAAGCGAAGGCGAAAGCUUGCCAGCCGAAUGACAAUGAGCCCGGAGAGCCCGGAGAGCCCGCAGCCCGCGCAGCCCCCGCAGCCGCCGCGGCCGCCGCGGCCGCACCAGCCGCAAGGCCGCCGGCUGUCGUGGCAGAGCCUGAGUUCCUAACCAACAUUGGCGACCCGUGGGAACAGGUUGCUGAAGUUCUGAAGAAGGCCAAGGUUAUCAUACCGGACGGCUUCGGUGGCCUUCGCAAAUCGUACACCCUCGACCUAGACACGUCCAAGGUGCAAGUGCUUUGGCACGAGGCCGGGAUCUAUGUGAAAACCAGUACCGGAGCUGGUGGCUUCAAGGUGGAUGGCAAAGGCGGGACGACUAUUAGCAUCCGUAAAUACGGAGGAUGGCGGCUGUCGUGGAUCAGUGCACUUCGUUGUGCUGGGGUAGCUUAG